AUGAACUAUAAACGGGUUUCCCUCAGGCCAAUUCAUGGAAACCUAGCUUUGAAAUUUCUCAAUUGGGUAAUCAAACAACCUGCUUUUCAACAACUCAAGAAUCUCACGUAUGUUUACUAUAUAACUGGUCAUAUACUAGGGAAAGCAAGAAUGUAUACCUCUGCAAAAUCACUUUUUACACAAUUAUCUAACAUGGGUAUCGAUUCAAACUCCAUUUUUGCUGCUUUGAUGGACACUUACCCUCUUUGCAACUCAAAUCCUACAAUACUUUGCUUAGCUGGUUUUGAAGAGGCUAACAUUGAUGUGGAGAAGGAAGAAAACAUAGAGAACGAGAGUGUAUUAUACCAGAAUGUGUUAUUCUACAAUGUAUAA